AUGGAAUGUAAAAUACAACGAAAUGUAAUAUCAAAAAGAACAUGUAUGAACGUAAUUGGAAGCGGACUUAUUCAAUUAAAUCGGUUUAAAAAAUGUUCAAAAACGUUUGUUUUAAAAAACGAUUAUAAUUUCAUAGACUUUAAUCAAUUUUUUGACUACGGUUUUGAAAUGAUUGUUUGUAAAUUAAAAAAAAUGACACAACAAACUAGUAUUAAAUUUAACUUAUAUCUCGACUGUGUUUAUGUACAUGUGUUAACACAGGAAUACCGAGAUAUUUCAUUUAAAACAGUGAAUGUGUUGGCAUAUACAAAUUCAAAUUUCGAAAAUUUAUUAAAAAAAAUGUUUGAUAAAAUUAACAAAGAGGAAAGUAAUUUUGUAACUAAAGGAAGUGGUUGGAGUUUAUAUUCAAUUGAUGCAUUACAAUUAAGAAUCAAUAUUGUAAACCCUUUAACCGGAUCUUCUUAUGUAAUUUUACCAGAAUGUAUAAGGAAUAAGAAAGCUGUUAUAAAUGUAAAAAAUAAUGAUAACAAAUGUUUCAAAUAUGCAAUUUUAACAAAAUAUAAUACUCGUUCAGAUAAAACUAAAUUUAGUAAUCAAUAUUUUAAAAUACUUGAAAAAAAAAGUAGAUUAAAUUUUCAUUGUAUCGAUUUUCCGACACCAGUUAAUCAAAUUAAAUCAUUUGAACGUUUAAAUAAUGUAUCAGUUAAUGUUUUUAGUUUAGAUAAUAAAAAUGUUGUUUUCCCAUUAUAUAUGAAUAAUGUGGAAAGUAAAAACCAUUUCGAUCUGCUUUUAAUUAAUAAUGGUAUAACGUCACAUUAUUGUUUUAUUAAUGAUUUUUGUAGACUUAUUCGUAAUCAAAAGACGAAACAUAAAUCUAAAUUAAUUAUAUGUAAAAGAUGUUUUACAGUUUUUAGUAAUAUUCCUUGUAAAUUCAAACUAUGGGGUAUUGAUGGGUUAAAAAAACAUAAAAAAAAUUGUGGAAAACAUAAACUUGGAAGACCUGUAAUGUUUGAUAACGGUGAUGACGAUACUAUUUAUUUUAAAAAUUUUAAAAGAUCUCAACGAAUACCUAUAGUAAUUUAUUCUGAUUUCGAAUGUUAUUUAAAACCUAUAAUAAACAACCAAGACAUUAAAACUAAGACAUUGAUAACUCAUAAACAUAAACCUAUGAGUUAUGCAUUUUACGUAAAAAUAGAUUAUGAGUCUCUUAGUUCACUAGCUGAUAAUUUAUCUGAAGACAAAACUAGAUUUAGAGAAACAUUAAAAAUAUUUUCUUUGUCGACAUUAAAUUUAGUUACACGAAAAGGUGUGUUUCCUUAUGAAUAUAUUGACCAUCCUAAUAAAUUAAAUGAAACUUGUUUACCACCAAAACAGUUUUUUUAUAAUUCAUUAAAAGAUGAAGAUAUUAGUGAUGAAGAUUAUGCGCAUGCUCAUAAGUAUGAUAUUCAAAUUUUUCUGGAGAACGGAAGACAUGUAAAAGCUAACAUUCCUAAUAUUCAAAAUAUUAAUUAUGAUUCAAACAAACCUGUAACGUGGUUAGCUUACUUGGACUGUGUAAAUCUAUAUGGAAAAUCAAUGCUAUCUGCUUUACCUCAUAAAAAUUUUGAAUGGUUUAACGAUUUGACAAUAGAUAUAACACAAAUUGAAGAUGAUGCUGAAUAUGCUGGUUAUAUUUUAGAAGUAGAUGUUAUUUAUCCAAAACAAUUACAUGACAAUCAUAAUGAUUUCCCAUUUUUACCUGAGAAUAAAUGUCCUCCCAAUUCAAAAUUCACUAUAGAAAUUUGA